GACCCUAAUAAAGACACGGAGUGGAAUGACAUCUUGCGCAAGAAAGGUAUCCUUCCUCCGAAGGAAAACCUGGAGGAAAAGGAGCGUGCAAAGGAAGAGGAGCAGCUUGCCAUCCUUCAGAAGUCUCUUGUGAAAACUUAUGAGGACAUGACUCUGGAAGAGCUGGAAGAGAACGAAGAUGAAUUUAGUGAGGAGGAUGAGAAAGCUAUUGAAAUGUACAGGCAGCAAAGGUUAGCGGAAAUGAAAGCAACUCAAAUGAGGAAUAAAUUUGGAGAAGUUUUGGAGAUUUCAGGAAAAGAUUACGUUCAGGAAGUUACGAAAGCUGGAAAAGGUAUAUGGGUAGUCCUGCAUCUCUACAAACAAGGAAUUCCACUCUGUGCCUUAAUAAAUCAACAUAUGAGCGGCCUUGCAAGGAAGUUCAGAGAUGUGAAAUUCAUCAAAGCUAUCUCUACUACCUGCAUCCCCAACUACCCUGAUAAGAACCUGCCUACGAUAUUUAUCUACCUGGAGGGAGACAUCAAAGCUCAGUUCAUCGGUCCUCUGGUGUUCGGUGGCAUGAACCUGACAAGGGAUGAAUUGGAGUGGAAGAUUUCCGAGUCGGGUGCCAUCAAGACAGACCUCGAGGAGAACCCCAGGAAGCAGAUCCAGGACCAGCUCAUGUCUUCAAUCAGGGCAUAUGUCCCAGCAAACACAGACAGUGACUCAGAGGAUGACUAACUCCUCCGACCGUGUAGAGAUUCAUACAGCGCAUUUGCAGCCAAUGUUCCCACCUAGAGCACUGGAGAUGUUUAUCAAGGUGUCGCCGAGUAUUUUAAGACAGCCAUUUAUCUAGAAACAUGUAGAAACUAAAAAAGUUUCUUUUU